UUAGAAAUUUUGUCCGUUUAUUCAACAGUAUUUUUACCAAAUUUCUUACGUUUGCGUUCGGAACGUCUUUGUGUAUAUUCCAACCUAAUUUUUAUAUUUCUAUAGGCUAAAUCACCUACAUUUACUUUGCCUUUCCUUUCUUUAGAUAGGAACAUUCGUUAGACGGACGUAGCCAUUUGGGAUUUAUCUGCUGACAAAAGAAUAAGGAUGCAGUACAACAACGUUUACCACAACUCCCAAAUAUACAGGCCAAGACCAGAUCGCAACAAUCAAUAUGAAAAGCAAUCAAAUUAUUGGAAUGGUCCACCACAUGCUAUUGCCCCAGUACAGGACUUUGGAGGUCCAAAUAUGAGACAGUUUAACAACAGGAAGUUCAAUAACAGAAAUUUCACUAAUAAUUACCAGAAUUAUAAUGGUCAACAACAGAAGCCCAUGAAUGAGAAUGGUGAAGAGAAAGAUGGACAGGAAUGGCAGACUACUGAACUGACCCCAAUCAAAAAAGACUUCUACAUUCCACACCAAAAUACUAAGAAUAGAACAGAUGAUGAUAUUGAGAAAUAUAGGCAGAUCAAGGACAUUAUUGUACAAGGAGAGAAUGUACCACAGCCAAACUUCAAUUUUGAAGAGAGCAGCUUUCCUGAUUACAUCAUGAAUGUGCUUCUUGGACAGGGGUUUGAUGACCCCACAGCCAUCCAGGCACAAGGGUGGCCAGUAGUUUUAAGUGGAAGGGAUUUAGUUGGUAUUGCCCAGACAGGUUCAGGUAAAACUUUAGCCUACAUGUUACCUGCUACAGUGCAUAUCAAUAGCCAACCAAGGCCUGAAAGGGGAGAAGGACCUAUUGCAUUGAUUCUUGCUCCAACCAGGGAACUAGCCCAGCAAAUUCAAAAAGUUGCUCAUGAAUUUGGUUUAAAUACUGGAAUUCGUAACACAUGCAUCUUUGGCGGUUCCCCCAAGGGACCCCAAGCCAGAGACCUGGAAAGGGGUGUAGAAAUUGUAAUUGCUACACCUGGUAGAUUAAUUGACUUUUUGGAAAAGGGCACCACCAAUUUGGCACGGUGUACCUAUUUGGUUUUGGAUGAGGCUGACAGAAUGUUAGAUAUGGGUUUCGAACCUCAAAUUAGGAAGAUUAUCAAGCAAAUCAGACCUGACAGGCAGGUGCUAAUGUGGUCUGCUACAUGGCCCAAACAAGUUCAGGCCUUAGCUGAGGAAUUUUUAGUUGAUUAUGUUCAGGUUAAUAUCGGCGGUCUAGCAUUGUCAGCCAACCACAACAUCAAACAAGUAGUUGAAGUGUGUGAAGAACAUGAAAAAGAAGAGAAGUUAAACGGUCUCUUAAAACAAAUAGCUUCAGAUCGUAACAAUAAAAUCAUCGUUUUCGUCGAAACAAAGAAAAAAGUUGACGAUAUUACCAAAGCUGUUAAGUCUGUCGGCUUUUCCGCCAUAUCUAUUCACGGCGAUAAGUCGCAGCCUGAACGUGACUACGUUCUUAACGAAUUUAGGACUGGUAAAUUCUCGAUUUUGGUAGCUACUGACGUCGCCGCCAGGGGGCUGGAUGUUGAAGAUGUUAAAUAUGUUAUCAAUUAUGAUUAUCCCAAUUCCAGUGAGGAUUAUGUACAUAGAAUUGGACGUACAGGACGUUGUCAACAAAUCGGCACAGCCUACACCUUCUUCACGUCAAACAACCAGCGACAAGCCAAAGAUCUGAUCUCGGUUCUCGAGGAGGCGGAUCAGGUGGUCAGCCCAAAACUUCAAGAACUCUCCCAGAGUUCCAGGAAUAUCCAAACAGGCAGAAACAGGUGGAACCAGAGAAACAAGGUUAAUAAUCAAUAUUUUAGAGAAAAUAAUUACUUUAAUGAUAACUCAUCGCCAAAUUCAAACAACUCCAAUAAUCGUACAUGGCAAAAGAAGCCCCAAACUAACUACAACAAUGGAGGGGCGAUGGAAUUCUACAACAAUAGGCAACAAAACAACGGAUCUCCCAAUGGAGUACAGAACAAUAGGGAGAAUGGUUUCCAGCCUAAACCGCGAUACAAUAAUGGAGGUUUUAACCAGUACCAGAAUCAACAGUACCAGCAGAACGGUCAGGGUUACCAACAGAGUUACAGUCCCCCAUUGUAUGGGCAGCAGGGCGCUAUGAAUGGACAACCAAGAAAUAAUUAUGGUCAAGGUAAUCAACGAUCGUUUAACGCCCCCCGUUACAACCGCCAGCAACAAUACCAAAACCCGAUGCAAUCGACGGCUUACGUACAAGCGGGCGGAAAUCAGGCCUACGUGAUGCAGGCUGCGGCCGCUAACCAAGGCAUGCCGAACGGCCUCGAGACGAUCAUCAGCCACAAAUUCUUUCAGAGUCGUGGGCUUACGGGGGCGGCGAAUCCCUGCGCCUUUCAACAGAGCCAGGGAGGCCCCUACGGUCAAUACGCGCCUGCCGCCCAUGUCGGUUAUCCCGCUUACGCGCCGCAAUAUGCCGCGCCACCUACCGCCGCAGUGCAGCAGUAGUGGUUUGUAAAAUGUAUGGAAUGGGUGUUUGUGUGAAAAGAGUAACGGGCGGAGGAGCAAUUAAUGGGUAAAUGCGGAAGUUUUUUUAGUAAAUUUAUAUGCAAAAAUAUAUAGCAGAUUGGAAUAUCUGACUGAAAGCUGAAAGACUUUGAAAAGUUCGUUUUACAGUAAUGGUUGUAAUUUGCAAAAAAAAGUAAAUAUUUAUUUUUUAUCAUUAGAAAAUUACUUCAAUAUUAUAAAUUCUACAUCUACCCAUUAAUCUGUUUAAAUGCUCUUUCAAGCAAUACUCUUGAUCUGCAAAUACUUGCCCACGGAAAAAGUUCGCUUCUAGAUAUAAUUUUCAAAUUUUCCAGCAUUUUUAUAAUUUUUUUGUUGAAGGUAACUUGACGUCGAUCUGAAAGCUUAUAAAGUAAAGAAAAGUAAUUUUUUUAAACAACAAUAUAAUUUUGUUUAAUACAAAAUGUGAGAUACAAUCUAUUUAAUUUAAACUAGUCCAUUUUGUGUUGAAUAGCUCGUUUUCACGCUAUUGCGGAUGCUCGCUGCCAGCUCCCCGCUCUAGCCACCUUUCUCUCUCUCUCUCUCUCUCUCUCGAAGUAUGUCAGAGACCUUUAACGAUUUAUUUCUCAAUUUAGCGUUUUAAAAUUUCGUUUCCCUCGUGUGAGUUGAAGCGAAGUUCUAUCGAUGUGUGAAUUAGAUGUUAGUUUUUAAUAGCUUACCUGUAUGCCGUUGAAAUGCACGAAACAUAUAGAAGGGGAGUUUCGGCUAAUUUAUUAAUAAUAGUAUUUAAAUAAUAUUCGAAGAAGAAUUAAAUGAGAUACAUAAUAUUAUAAUAUUGAUGCUAUGCGGUGCUAAAUAUCGUACCAAAAUGAUCCCAGUUGUUGACCGACUCAGAUAAUCUAUAGUAGAACAAACAAGCAGUAUUUUUUAAUUAAUAUUUAUAUAAUUCAUAUUAAGGAAUAUUAUAGAUCUUGUUUAGGUUAUAGUUAGGUGCCAAAAUUAUGUGUUUUUUGUUGGUUGAAGCAUGCAUUGUUAUAAAUUCGCGUCUGGGUCUAUAAAGUCAUUUUACUAAUUUUUUGCAGUCAAGAAUCUAUAUUUUGUUAUUAGGUAUAUAGUGAACAUAAGUUAUGCAAAAAAAAUAUUUUAAAAUAAGUUAAAGUUUUAAACUUCAGGAAAUCAUUGACAAUGUAGAGAUGGUUCUCCAAUGUCCCAAAUUAUUCACAUUGUUUUAAAAGAGUCACAAGUAUCAAUAAAUACAAUAUGAAUUAAUACUUUUUUUUUAGAGUAAUCCUUAACUUUCAGUAUAAAUUCCAUUUAAAUUUUUACAAGUAUUAAUAAGUGAAAUAAGAAUUAAUACUUUUUUUUUUAUUUAAAAUUCAAGAAGUAAAAGUUUUAGUCUUAAAUAAUUGAUACUUAGUUAAUUUUUUGACAAGUAAACCUUAAGUUCCUAUUUUUAGAUCGUUUUCACGAAAAAUUGACGAAAAAAAGAAACAAAAUGGGCUGUGCUUUACAUAAAAAUAUGGAUGCUGACUGCGCCGAAAUUAGCCAAAGAGUGAGAGUCAUAAUAAUUGGUUUCGAUUAAAGAAACUGUAGGUUCUGUAUGCAAGUAGCCACUGAUUUUUCCCUAUAUUCGUAUCAUUUUGCGUAUAUUAUAAUGUUCCCCUUGAUGACAAUAAACUAAUAUUAACCUAAAAUAGUAUUUCAAAAAAAAAUCGCUAGUUAACCAUAACUAUACGGUUGUUAAACUCGAAUUUUACUUUGAAACCUGACUGUUUGGGUUAAUAUUCAAAAAUAUUGUAAAUGGGGUAUAAAAGAGGAUCUUGCGGACUGCUAGUGUCAUGUAAAUAUGUAGUAUUAAGUAUUUAAAAUAUAUCUCGUUUGUCGUUCGUAGGCGUGGUGCUAAUAUCGCUCGUGAUUCAGAGAAGUCCUGGAUAUUUAUAAGAUAAAACUGGUUUUAAUGACCACACAACCCUUACCUGAUAAAUUUGUUCAUUCAGCGUUCCCAGUAAUAUUCUAUAAAUAUGCCUGAAUUUCGCUAAAAAUACAAAAAAGGCAAAUUAGCUCACGGUGUCAUCUGUGAUAUUCUAGAAAGUAACAAAAAAAUGAAGGUAGCAAAGAAUAAUAACAAUUAACUGUUCCGAGUAAUUCAAGAGGCGCGUUAAAUUUUUAACGAUUUAAAUAUAUAAAAUAUGUGAUAUUUAUUCCCAAAUGCAAAGACUGAAAUAACUAUUUUACUAGACGUAUUAAUUUCGUUUAGUUUCGUGUGUGUCUUAUUUAUUUAUAAACAAACCAUUAUACUCUGUAGGCCAGUUUUUUACUAGUAUCAACAAUCAGGGUAUAUUUCAUCAAUAUUUUCUGAUAAAUCUGUCCAAAUGUAACUAUAGCAAAUUAGAGUUGUUCCCAGUUGGCCUACAGACGAUGUUUAUAUAAGUUAAAAGCGUACCUCAUAUUCGGACUCGCUGUGCAUAGAAUAAAAUUCGAAGCAUAAAUGCACAAAGUAAGGUUAUUUAAUUAUUCUGUGAUGUUAUCGUUAAGCGCCAUUGCAUCAUACGAUUGACGAAUCAUUAAUCUUUAAAAAGAAAUGAUAUUUUAUUAGUAACAAAGUACCUUAAAAUAAUAUAUCCACCACGUUUGUUUAAAUUACCUAGUGAUAAAAAGUGGUUUUUGGGCGGAGAUGCGAUCCAAAAAAAAGCAUGUUUAGGUUACUUAAAGAUAAAAAGUUGGUGUACGAUAUCCUGUCGAUAAAGGUGAUAUCUAUCAAAUAUACUCUUCUGUAAGUUUCAAGAGAAGUGCAUUUCUUGUAUGUAAUACAGUAUUAUAAUAAUCUAGAGUUAAGAAAUUUUGGAAUCUUGUUUGUUUUUUUUUGUUUACGGUUUAAAUCUUAUGUUGGAUGGACACAAUAUAAUUAAUACUUUUUCCAUUCAGACAGAAAUAAAUGUUCUUAUUGUGGA